ACGCAAGCAGCCAAGCUCUGAGCUGAGCUACAAGUACCGUGUGACUGUGGUUCAUCAGCACUCUUCAUCCUUUCCUUAAACAAACAUUUUACUCCGUACCCCCGCUCUUUAUUUUUUCCAACGCUCUGCCUUCCCUCGGCGACUCGCACACAGGCAGACACGAGAGAGAGAGAGAGAGGCAAAAACAAAAGGUGGCGAAAGUUGGCGAAACCCAAUGCAGUCGCAGGGCCAGGAGAGCUUUGCUUUGCUCUGCUGAGCCCGGGCAAAGCCGAGAGAGAAAAGAGGCACGGAAGACGGUCGCCUCGGCCUCUUCUUCCUCUGCCUCUCUUGUUCUCCGUCUUAGCGUCGCAUUGUGGUUGUUGUGCGCGCACGGCCGUUCCUGGUGUUUCCUUCCCGGCUGUUCUUGGCAUCUUGCUCCAGGCUUCUUGCCUUCCUUCUUGGCGGGCUUGGCCGUGGCGUCCCUGCGCAUUGCUCCUCUACCCCUGUCGAGUUGGUCUGGUUCUCUUGUCCAGGAGCCGGAGGUGCUUGUCUCCGGCCUGCUUCUCUUUGAUGAGGAGGUGGUGGUUGCUGCUGUGAGUGACUUGGGGGAAGAGAGCAGGAGGGAGGGCGUGGUGCUCAGGAGUCGGUGGCAUUGUGCAUGGAGGGGGAGGGCUCGGCGGCCCCGGCUCCGGCGCAGCGGGCGCCGCAGAUACGGGUGGUGCGGUGCCCCAAGUGUGACAAGCUCCUGCCGGAGCUGCCCAAUUACUCCGUUUACGUCUGCGGCGGGUGCGGUGCCACCCUCCAAGCAAGGAAGAACUCAGCAUCUGAUACUAAUUCAGAGAAGUCUGACGGUGAACAUGUAAAGUACCUUGAAGUGCUGGAGAGUUUGCCAGAUAAGAAAGGAGUAGCAUCUGAAGCUAGUUGUGCUGUCCGAGAAGCAGAAGCCAAAAAAGCAGAAGCUAGGCCAGAGGAGAGAUUUGUACCCAACAGAAUGGCAGCUGCACACAGCCAAUCUGGAUUCAGUUUUGAUGAUAACCAAACUACAACCACACCAAGUGCAGUGAAGAUUGAACCUGCACUUAGAGAUGACAGUAGGGAAGUCCGGGAGGCAAAAUACCGGCGCAUUCGUCAUGAAGAGAAAGGAGCAGCAAAGCAGCCAAUGAGGGUAAGAGACAGAUCUCCGAGGUCUGUGGUUAACAGCAUUCCCCCUAAUGCUUACCCUGGAGAAGGCCCAUCUGAGUAUCAUAUGAAGCCGGUAUUCAGACAUGCCAACGGUGAGCAUGCUGACAGGAGGAAUUCUGACGGUCCUAACAGAGUCAGUGGCCUUGAGAAAGACCGUUCUGAGCUUUUGUGGAUGCUUGAUAAGUUGAGGGACCAGGUGCAGAGAUCCUGCAAGAUCGCUGACAAGCCAAAUGGAAGUACUUCCACAAAUAAUUUGCAUAAUCCUCAUGAGCGUCUGAGUCGACUGCGGUAUGGUUCACCUCAGUUGCAACGGAAUGGUUCUCAGCGCUCACCAUCCUUGAAUGGGCAGACACCUGUUCUUCCUCAUGCUUAUCCUUCAGUGCCUGCACAGCAAGAUCUUCAUGGAUAUGGUGAACCUGUCGCACACAUUGGGGCUCCUAGCUAUCCUGAUGGUCCAUGUCCAUGGCGAAACUUUGAUAAUUAUUUCCAAGGACAGUAUGAUCCUGAUCCUCUUAUCUCUUAUCACCAUGAAGGCUUCUACCAUCAGCCUGCUUGCUCUUGCCUACAUUGUUACCACCGUGAGUUCUUACCUGUUCAUGGGGCUCCACUGGGUUUAAACCAUCGGAGGGCACCAUAUCUUAUGAACAAUCCUAGCUUGUACCCUGUAGAAGUUCCAGUGAUGUUUGGUGCACAGAAUUAUAAUUCCAGAGGUAUAAAUGCUUUGAUGCGACGCAAUCACAUGAGAGCCACCCUGAGUAAAAAACCUGCACAAACUUGUGAAUCAAUUGCAAAUGGUGCCCCAUUUACCAUAUGCUACAACUGCUAUGAAGUGCUGCAGCUUCCCAAGAAGUCUCUCUUGCUGGGGAAAGACGAGUACAAGUUACGUUGUGGGUCAUGCUCACAUGCAAUUGUGGUCAGACUUGAUGGAAGCAGGCUUGAUGUUUCAGCACCUACACCAGUUUCACACUUAUCACCUGGAAGUAAAAAUUGCUCCAAUAAUGGCCAUGGAAGCAAUGGUCACACUGCUGAUGAGAGACUUCUUCCAUCUUAUAGUUUUUCUGUAGGCAGUCAUUGCUCUCAAGAAAAAGAUCUACCCUCAAAUUCAAGUGAAGCAGACAAAAUGCAAAGCGUAUCAUCAUCUUCCAGCAUUUCUGAGGAUGAUAAUAGCCCAGCAAGAUCUAAUUCACAGAAGCACUCCUCUGGGUCUAGGGACCUUCCUCCUGAUGCUGAAGUGGUUACCCGUGUUCCAAGUUUACCUCUUCGCGAUCAUUUUGGAUAUUCUCCAUCAGAGAGGGUGGUUGAUGGGUCAGGCAAAGGGGGCAGAAGUAUCCGGUCUGAACACGAAAAGGGUGUGUUAACUGAAAGUUUCAAGCCAAACACGGUGAAAGACGUACCUGUAGCGAGCGUGUUAGACUUGUCAGAUGAUGAGUAUGAUGAUCCUGACUACAGUCAAGAUCCAGGUGAUGCGGCACAACAUAUUGACCACUUGAGGGCCACAAAAUCGGGUGAUACUUUUUUCUCCAACCUGAUAAAGAAGAGCUUUAAAAUUAACAGUGGAAUGGGCAAUGGCAGAGCUAAGGUUUUCAUCAAUGGCUAUCCCAUCUCGGAUCGUGCCGUCAGGAAGGCUGAGAAGAUAGCUGGGCCAAUCUAUCCAGGCAAAUACUGGUAUGACUACCGUGCCGGAUUCUGGGGUCUUAUGGGACAGUCCUGCCUCGGCAUGAUACCCCCAUAUAUUCCGGAAUUUAAUUAUCCUAUGCCCAAGAACUGUGGUGGUGGAAAUACUGGUGUAUUCAUCAACGGGAGAGAACUUCACCAGAAGGACUUGGAUUUACUUGUGGGUCGAGGACUGCCAGAUUCUCCUGGUAGAUCAUACAGAGUUGAGAUUUCUGGUAAAGUAUCCGACGAAGUAUCUGGCGAAGAGCUGUAUUGCCUCGGCAAACUUGCACCAACGGUGGAGAAGAUGAAACGCGGGUUCGGCAUGCGAGUCCCAAGAAUCAUCCAGUGAGGGCUGGAACUGAACCGAGCUCUUGGUGAUGGUGGCUGUCAGGCGAGUUGAUGGAUCGACUUGUGGAAUUCCAGAUCGUCUUGGAAUGUCCAUCCUGUUCUCUUCGGAAGCUUAGUUUUUGCAUGGUGCCGCGCCUUAUUGCGUGCGUGCCUGCCUGUUGGCCGUAGCUCUGCCUCCUAACCUGCCUCUAGUUAUUCUGUAAGAAGGAAGGGUGUUGGAGUGUCCCGUGUGAUGUAAUUUUGCUGCCUCGAGCUACCUCUACUUCUUGGUGUAUCUGUGGAUUGUGGAAGCCUUGCAAUACAAGUUUCAGU